UCCCACCCCUGUCGCUGCAGAGAGCUGUGGCACCAUGCAUGGGGGCCAGAGCCCGCUGCUCCUCCUACCACUGCUGGCUGUCUACCUGGGAGCCCAGGGCCGGAACCAGGAGGAGCGUCUGCUCAGGGACCUGAUGCACAACUACAACCCCCACCUGAGGCCCGCUGAGCGCGAUUCAGACAUAGUCAACGUCAGCCUGAAGCUCACGCUCACCAACCUCAUCUCCCUGAAUGAGCGAGAGGAGGCCCUCACCACCAACGUCUGGAUAGAAAUGCAGUGGUGUGACUACCGCCUGCGCUGGGACCCACGAGACUACGAGGGCCUGUGGGUGCUGAGGGUGCCGUCCACCAUGGUGUGGCGGCCGGAUGUCGUGCUGGAGAACAACGUGGACGGCGUGUUCGAGGUGGCGCUCUACUGCAAUGUGCUCGUGUCUCCCGAUGGCUGCGUCUACUGGCUGCCGCCCGCCAUCUUCCGCUCCUCCUGUCCCGUCUCCGUCACCUACUUCCCCUUCGACUGGCAGAACUGCUCCCUCAUCUUCCAGUCCCAGACCUACAGCACCAGUGAGAUCAAUUUGCAGCUGAGCCAGGAAGAUGGUCAGACCAUAGAGUGGAUUUUCAUUGACCCCGAAGCCUUCACAGAAAAUGGGGAGUGGGCCAUCCGGCACCGGCCAGCCAAGAUGCUGCUGGAUGAGGUGGCACCAGCAGAGGAGGCAGGCCACCAGAAGGUCGUCUUCUACCUGCUCAUCCAGCGCAAGCCCCUCUUCUAUGUCAUUAACAUCAUCGCGCCCUGUGUGCUCAUCUCCUCCGUGGCCAUCCUCAUCUACUUCCUUCCUGCCAAGGCGGGUGGCCAGAAGUGUACCGUCGCCAUCAACGUGCUUCUGGCCCAGACUGUCUUCCUCUUCCUUGUGGCCAAAAAGGUGCCCGAGACCUCCCAGGCAGUGCCACUCAUCAGCAAGUACCUGACCUUCCUCCUGGUGGUGACCAUCCUCAUUGUUGUGAAUGCUGUGGUUGUGCUCAACGUGUCUUUGCGGUCCCCACACACACACUCCAUGGCCCGAGGGGUUCGCAAGGUGUUCCUGCGGCUCUUGCCCCAGCUGCUGCAGAUGCAGGUUCGCCCACUGGCCCCAGCAGCUGUGCAGGAUGCCCGGUCCCGGCUACAGAAUGGCUCCUCCCUGGGGUGGUCAAUCACGGCUGGGGAGGAAGUGGCCCUCUGCCUGCCUCGCAGUGAACUCCUCUUCCGGCAGCGCCAGCGCAAUGGGCUGGUGAGGGCAGCGCUGGAGAAGCUAGAGAAAGGCCCGGAGUCAGGGCAGAGCCAGCUGUGUGGCAGCUUGAAGGAGGCCGCUCCGGCCAUCCAGGCCUGUGUGGAAGCCUGCAACCUCAUUGCCCGUGCCCGGCACCAGCAGAGUCACUUUGACAGUGGAAACGAGGAAUGGUUUCUGGUGGGCCGAGUGCUGGACAGAGUUUGCUUCCUGGCCAUGCUCUCACUCUUUGUCUGUGGCACUGCUGGCAUCUUCCUCAUGGCCCAUUACAACCGCGUGCCUGCCCUGCCAUUCCCAGGAGACCCCCGCUCCUACCUGCCCUCAUCAGACUGAGCCAGCCAAUUGCUGCUAGCCACGUGCAGUCUUACCAGCUUUGUUGUGCUGCUGAAGUUAUGAGUAUGCUCUUUGGGAAGCACACUUCAGGGACAUGUGAGCCAACGGCCCUGAGAAAAGCUGAGGAAAUAAACAGACACAGCUGG